UUGUCUUUGAGAAACAUUUCAGUUGGUUUGACGUUCUGAAACACUGAAGUGUGAUAAACUCGUAAAAAAAAUCCCCCAUAGGAAAUCAGGAAGGACACAAACAAUUUUUUACACAACUGCACCUGGUGUAAAUUCAGUACAAAUUUGCAAAGAAAAAAAUCCAACUCAUUUCCAUUUAAUCACAUUUAUUCCAAGCCUGGUUAUCAAACUGUAAGCGUAGUUUAUUAUUCAAAUUAGCUAAAAAAAAAAAAAAAGGUUUCUAUUUAAGGAAACCCAACAGAUUGGAUUGAGUCAUCGAUUUCCCCCCUCCUGGACCAGCACAUAGUGAAGAAGACAAUCACUUGUGUUGAGAUUGUCGACUUUACAACAAUUUCUCAUGUCGAGAAUGUAAUAAUGGGGGAAAACUCCCAUUUAGCUGGAAGAAUCAGCAGAACCAGAACCUGACUCAGAACUGGAGCUGCCAUCUGCCACGACCAACUGAGAGUUAAGAAGAGCAGAAACACCAAGAAGAAACAGAAGAUCUGGUGAAGGAGUGUGUUAAAGUAAAAAGUUUAUAGCAGGAAUGGGACACGUUUAAUUGUUGGCAGCACUAAUCAAUUUUCAUUCACCCCAGUGACUGCCUGCUGAUUUGAACUGCUGACCUCUGGACAGGGGAGUUUCACAGGGGGGAAAAGUUAGGAUAAUUUCAAGGCCCCCCCGACCAACAGGGGGAACCCCUACAAAAUAUAUUUUUUAGUUCAUAGAAAUUGAAAAGAAUUGGCACCCUGUCAGUUACAAAGUUAAUCAUAUAGUGUGUUUUAAAAUUGUUUUUAGCAGUAAAAAUUAAAUGUUACUACUCCCAGGCUCUGGAAACUCAUCUACUUCCUGUAUUUCUGCUCCCUCUUUGGUUCAUAUAGCAAACCCUGCUCUGUCCCACUACAGAGCAGGGUUUCAUUUCUCCACACUGUCUUCUAGUUCCUUUCUACUUUGGCUAAAAAUCACAUAUCCUGCUCAGACUGCACCCAGAGUUUAUCAGUCAGUCUGUUCACCACAACUUCGAAUGACAGAAGACUCAGUGCUGAUCCCUGACCUAUGAGCUACCACCUCUCUUCUUACUCCACGCUCCUCCAUUCUAUUUCCACACAUUGCAGAUACCUCCCACAUCUAUGCUGACAGAUGCUGAUGUUCUUCUCAGUUACAAUUACCCAACCUGUCAGACAAGAAGACCAGCCAAACACAGAUCAGUUACACUUUUCACCUCCACCACAAAGACACAUUGUCAGGAAUGAUAGUUUGGAUCUGGACCGUUGAUCAGAAGUGAUCAGUUCUUUGACGGCUCAGUCUUUUUUUUUUUCCCCAAGAAGAAUGUUGAGUUUUAGAUUUAUGACUUCUAAGUUAGAAAAAAAUGAUUUUUUUUUUUCAUUUGUUCUAUUUUUUUUUAAGGGUACAAAACAUUGUUGCCUCUCGUCUGUAGCUGUGCUCUAUUUUAAAGGUUUUGUGUCAGGCAAAUAUUACUUAGCAGUCACAGGCAAUAAGUGUAUGGAAAGGCAGCAAAAGGAAAGUCAGGAUAAGUCUAUGGAUGGACAAGCUGAGGUGACUGGUGCCAUGUUGGGAGAGAAAUGCUCCUACAUGUUAACAGUUGAUCUUUGUCUGACUGCGCCACCAGAAACCAGGUGAGUUCUGCUUCAUCGUCACUUCUUACCUGGCCUGAAAAUACAAAACUGUUUUAUAUUCAAUCUGUUCUGCAGAUUAUGGCAGGAAAAUCAAAUUUCUUUGACACCUCCGAUGAAAAAAAAAGUAGUAAUUCUAUCCACCCGGCUUAAAAUCACUGGCUAAGAGGUGAGCUAGAAUUUAAGCGGUUAAAUUCUCAGUAGUGAAAACAUCCAGACUGGUAGCAGAAUGGAGAUGCAAGAUUGGAAUUCUUCAGUGACGUUCUUCCAGCUAUCCUCAGCCAUGUUGAGUGUUUUGCUGCCUGGAGUCGUUGGGCUGAACAUCAACUGAUGGAAUGGUGCUCAGCUGGGUUCGUGUCAACGCUCCAGCUCUGCCUUUCAUCAUAUUCCGCCUCUUCACCCUGAAUAGCUUUUGGAUUGCCACAACCAAACGUUCAAAUCAUUGUCCUGCUGAAUGGCAUGUGGUGCAUCCUUUCCAUGUGUUGAGUCCUAUCCAUUGCCUGUCAGCAAUGAAUUCAUCAGCAAAGGCCACUAUAACAGUCAUAUUGGCAUCCAGCCUUGCCUGAGCUGCAACCAAACAUGAGGAUGUGUGCAUUGGAUUAAGAUUUCUGUGUUUUUUGUUGUUGUUCUGUUUUGUUUUUUUGUUUAGUUAUUUUAUUGUACUCUCAGUUGACAGAAGUUAAUUGCAGAUUGGGACCAGAUUCUUUGUUUGGAGCAACUCUUUGGGUUUAUUUCAAAUGCAGUGGACACAGAGAAGAAAAGGAAAAAGAGAAAGGAAAAGAGAUGGGGUAGAAAAUUAAAGGGGAAAGAGGGAGGUAAGACUUAAAAAGAGGAAGGAUGGAGAAUACAAGAAAGCACCCUAAAAGUCUGCUCCUACACCUGCAGAAAUAGAGAAAUAAAACAAGAAACCACAGUAACAAAUAACAUGUAGAUAUAUGAAAACAACAUCACUGAAAAACACUCAGUACUAAUUAACAUAAGACGUAUUCAGUGAGAUCUGAAAAUAACUAAAGCCAAACCUCAGUGAACACCUGGGCCUCGUUUCAGAAAGCAGAGUUAAAAAACCAGGAGUGGAAGGCAGAUACUCUGAAUAAACCUACAUAAGGUUUCUCCUGUUGCUAUUCACCAUGGCAACACGAGACAAAAAGAAACAGUCCGCAUUUCUCGUCAACGGAGUAAGACAUUUUAAAGAUGGGAUGAGGAGAAUAUCAAAAUAUAUUUAUAAAAUAAUUGAAAAAAAAACAACAAAGAUACAACGUUGCUCCCAAAUACCCAGUUAGCAUGAAGCACCAAUACCUGAGAACUAAGUUAACACUCAAAAUACAACUUUCCUUGGUGAAUAUUACUGAUAUGAUCAUAUUUAAUCUUGGCUAAUAGCAAUGAAAUAAGAUUCUGAACAUAUCAGCUUUAUUGUAUGUAAGGCUGAAAAUAAACCCUGAUUGUGCCAACUUACAGUCAUAGUUAGAACAUCAGCUGCUUUUGCUGAUUGAUGAAUUAGACUUGGUAAAUUUAGGAUGUGAAUAAGUGGGAGCCAUGAUGGAUCAACUCAGUGAUGAUGACAUUUUUAAAUGUAGUGUAUUCUGAACACUUGUGCACUGCAGUCUGUUCAUCAGCUCAUAUCUUAUAGGAGAAAUGUGAUCCUUUAAGUCACUUUGCAUUUGCAAGGUUAGAGUAUGCUGAAACAAAAGUUCUCCUCUGAGAAAAUGAAAAUCAAUCAGAAUUCACAAAAGCUAUAGUUGAUCCUUCCUGAUUCAGCGCCAAUGAAUCCAGGCUGUUGGAAACGUUGCUUCAUUCUUUGUUGCAGGUGGAUCACAUCCUCCAGCAGCAGCGGUGGACUCUGGUUUCCAGAUUUCUCAGAAACAAUGUUUCUCUUUGUAGGAACUAAAGUCACAGAGAGAAGGGAGGAACGCAGUUCUAUUUACCAGAGGAUUCGGGACCAUGAGGUGCUGGACAGGAGGAAGACGGUGACGGCUCUGAGGGCGGGCGAGGACAGAGCCAUACUGCUGGGUCUCAGCAUGGUCUUCUUCUCUGUCAUGACGUACUUCGUCCUGGGCAUCACCAUCCUGCGCUCUUAUUCUGACAGUGUGUGGACAGAUGAGGACAGCUGCACCAUUGUGAACUCCACCAUAGUGUGGGAUGUAAACUGUUCAUACAGCUGUGGAGUAGAGUGCUGGAAGAGUUCCCGUUACCCCUGUCUCCAAGUGUUUGUCAGCCUGAACUCAUCAGGACGGCUGGUCCGAUUGCUGCACAAUGAGGAGACACACGACAGCAAUCCCGAGUGUUUCUACAUUCCAAAGUGUCACAGAGACUAUGCUGCCACACAUGCCAUGGUUCAGGACAUUUCUCAGAGACUCAGGACUCAGCUCACAGUUCAGUGUUAUGUCGACCCAACAGAGAAGACAGACAGCGCCAUCAUGACUCAAAUUUAUGGUCGAAUUGCCGUCUUCCACUCUUUAUUCUGGCCAACCUGCUCUUUGAUCGGAGGAACAGUCAUCAUUGCCAUGGUGAAGCUGACCCAGUAUCUCUCCAUCAUGUGCGAGAGACUCAGCCACAUCAAAAGGUGAAGGAAUCUAACAGAUAGAAUGUCAAAGAAAAAUUAAGUUGUUUUUUUUUGCCCCCUUAAUAAAAUAAGGGUAGAAGUAAAAGCUGACUGCAGACUGCUGUUUUGUGAACUAAAGACAUUAAUUUUCUUACAACCUCCAUGCAACCUACAGAAGAAGCAGCUUUUUUUUUUUUUUGGAAUGAAGUCUAUCUCAAAUAUAGAUAUUCUUUAUAGAAGAAGCUGCUUCUAUGUCAUAUAUAUUUGGUUUUCUAAGUUUCUUUGAAAUUCACAACCAGUGGGUGCAGAUGGUAAGUGCAGCUCAUUAACUGUAGUUGAAUUUCAACAGAUCUUGUAAUGGCCUCUUUUGCAGACUUGAAAUAUUGUCCUUCUGUCCUGUUAUCUACAGACAUGCAUAUUAAAUAUUUUAGCUAACAUUA